CAGAAGGCUGCCCUCUGCUCCUGAGUGAAGGCUCUGUGAAGCUCUGGACCCCCUGGCAGGACUGAAGCAGCUGGAGGCUGUUACAAGACCAGACCACCAGCAACCCCUGGAUCCUGCACAGGACCCUGAGACCUCUUCCUGGAAUUCCCACCUCUUUUCCUCCAUCCAGUACCAGCCCCAAAGAGAAACUUCCAGAAGGAGCUCCCCGUUUUCAGUUUGCCAGUUGGCUUCCUGUCCUUCUGUGAGGAGUACCAGUGUGAAGCAUGCAGCAGGACGGACUCAGCAGUGUGAAUCAGCUGGGGGGACUCUUUGUGAAUGGCCGGCCCCUUCCUCUGGACACCAGGCAGCAGAUUGUGCAGCUAGCAAUAAGAGGGAUGCGACCCUGUGACAUUUCACGGAGCCUUAAGGUAUCUAAUGGCUGUGUGAGCAAGAUCCUAGGACGCUACUACCGCACAGGUGUCUUGGAACCCAAGUGUACUGGGGGAAGCAAACCACGCCUGGCCACGCCUGCUGUGGUGGCUCGAAUUGCCCAGCUAAAGGAUGAGUACCCUGCUCUUUUUGCCUGGGAGAUCCAACGCCAGCUUUGUGCUGAAGGGCUUUGUACCCAGGACAAGGCUCCCAGUGUGUCCUCUAUCAAUCGAGUCCUUCGGGCACUACAGGAAGACCAGAGGUUGCACUGGACUCAACUCAGAUCACCAGCUGUGUUGGCUCCGGUUCUUCCAAGUCCCCACAGUAACUGUGGGGCUCCCCGAGGUCCCCACCCAGGAACCAGCCACAGGAAUCGGACUAUCUUCUCCCCGGGACAAGCCGAGGCACUGGAGAAAGAGUUUCAGCGUGGGCAGUAUCCAGAUUCAGUGGCCCGUGGGAAGCUGGCUGCUGCCACCUCUCUGCCUGAAGACACGGUGAGGGUUUGGUUUUCUAACAGAAGAGCCAAAUGGCGCAGGCAAGAGAAGCUGAAAUGGGAAACACAGCUGCCAGGUGCUUCCCAGGACCUGACGGUACCAAAAAAUUCUCCAGGGAUCAUCUCUGCACAGCAGUCCCCCGGCAGUGUACCCUCAGCUGCCUUGCCUGAGCUGGAAUCAUUGAGUCCUUCCUUCUGUCAGCUAUGCUGUGGGACAGCACCAGGCAGGUGUUCCAGUGACACCUCAUCCCAGGCCUAUCUCCAACCCUACUGGGACUGCCAAUCCCUCCUUCCUGUGGCUUCCUCCUCAUAUGUGGAAUUUGCCUGGCCCUGCCUCACCACCCAUCCUGUGCAUCAUCUGAUUGGAGGCCCAGGACAAGUGCCAUCAACCCAUUGCUCACACUGGCCAUAAGAGGCCUCUAUUUGGCAGUAAUAAAAACCUUUUCUUAGAUGUUA